CCAGACUUGUCUUCUUCCUCUCAGCCACCGCGUUGCUACGGUUGCGUGUGUUGUCACCACAAAAACAAAACAGAAACAAUCAUACAAUCAAACAUAAUGGACUGGUUCGAACAAGUAUUUGGUUUUCGGGAAGAGGGAGGCUUCGAGGAGGUCAAGUCGAAGUUUGCAAUCUCGCGAGAGGAUGAUGGCAACAUUCUCCUUUCGACGGCGGCUCCUGGUACCAAACGCAAACCCAAACGUACCUUUCAUGUCGGGCGCUUUGACACGCCCACCCUGUCCGAGCUACGGGACAAGGCAGGACGAUCCUCAUGUCCGGCCGAUAACAAGCGCAAGCGCAAAGAUGGUCUCACCUUUCAGCACAUUAUCGGAGAUGUGGAUGCUUUGCAUAGAGCACAGGAGAAUCAAGGAGCCGUCUUUCAAGCUGCCAGUCAAUUCAAUUGUCUCGAAAUGAUCCAUCCCAGCAUCACACGAGAAAUGGGCAUCACUCGCUAUGCACACGAUUACACUCAGGGACCAGCCUGCGCUAUGGUAUGUCCUGCUGGGACCCUCUACCGAAAUUACUUUGCAGAACCAAUGAAUACCCUCCAAGAUGUGGGCAAAGUCCUGGGCAAUCAUGACAUCAGUAAAAAGAAGCCUAUGUAUUGGAAAAUCAAAAAUGGAUACGCUCUGGCUGCAAAGAAGGAUUCCAUCAAGACACUCUCCCAGAAACUACAGGAAAAUGACGGACUGAUCGACAAGGCCAUGGCACAGCUGCGAGUGGGUGUACACUGGAAUACCGAAGUGGAUCAAGGCACCCAUAAUAACAGCGACAACAAUCAACAACGAGUGGCGCAGGUGUACUGUUCCGCCUUGCCCAUUGCCUAUGACAUUACGGCUUCCGAUGCGGAUUGGAGCCACUUUGCCCAGUUGGUUUUGGAUGGAUCCUACGAGGCCACCUUGGCGGUGGCAGCCGUUUUAGCCAAGGAGCGAAACAAGCGAGUGAAGGUCUAUCUGACCAUGCUGGGAGGAGGAGCGUUUGGAAACCGAGUAGAAUGGAUUCGACAAGCCAUACAACGCGCUCUUCGCCUGUAUCAAGACUCGAUGCUAGAUGUUUACCUGGUUCACUACAAGAAACUUUCUCCUGAUUAUUCCGACUUGACUGUUUGAAAUGAUGGGACGACUUUUGAAAGCACAAGAUACAGCAACAGGUCAGGUCGCGAUUAAGAGGACCCCCAAGCCACCAGCUUCGCUAGCCAGAGACAAAUAUUAUCCGUUGUUCUAUUGAAUAGUCUUUCCUCUUUCAACGAAGCAAGCAACCGUGCGUUCUUUCUCGUGCAGUACUGUAUCAUGCGGUUUGAUGUCUCCGUGUUUGAAUACAGGCCACCGUUGUGGGUUGCUUUUCGGCCAAAGCCCUGAACAUUCGGCUCGCGCUGGCUAUUUUGUCAUGGCUUUUUGCCAGGUCUCAAUAGUCUAACCUACCUCCAGGUUUGGGGAAUUGCUGUGACACAGAGGAUACUGUAGUAAUUGGGCUCCUAGAAUAUUUUUCAUGCAACCAUU